AUGGCGUCCUCCCGCACGCUCGCCGACUCGGAGAGCCAGCUUUCGCAGGGCAAAGCGGCCGAGUCGAGCCCCUACGUCUACAAGGCCCACCACGCCAACCCGGGCCCCCUCGGCUCGGCCGGCUUCGCCACGACGCUGAUGGCGCUCUCGCUGUCGAUGCUCGGCUGCCGCGACGUGUCCAACGCGACCGUCUUCAUUGGGAACCUCUGCUUCAUCGCCGGCAUCGGCCUGCUCGUGUCGGCGCAGUGGGAGAUGGUCCGGGGCAACACGUUCGGGUACACGACACUGUCGUCGUUUGGUGAGGAGCCCCCUCCCCAGUAUCAGGUUCGUCUGUCAGCUGCUGAUCAGACCAUGGCGACAGGGCUCUACUACGCGGGCUAUGGAGUGCUCCUCAUGCCUGGCAUGGGCGUCAUCGAUGCCUAUGGCGGGUACACGGCGGAAUACUACAACGCCUUCGGCUUGUACCUGCUCGUCUGGUGCAUACUCAACUCCUUCUUCCUGCUCGCCUCUCUGGCCAUAAACGUCCCCAACAUCAUCAUCUUCGCGGGCCUCGAGUUCUCCUACCUGUUCAACUGCGCCGCCCACUUCGCCAUGGCCGACGGCAACACGGCCGCCAGUGCCGCCCUGACGCGCGCCGCCGGUGCGUUCGGCGCCGUGGCCGCCGCGUCGGGCUUCUACAUGGUUGGCUACGAGCUUUGUCGAGACGUGUUCCCCUUUGAGCUGCCCGUGGGCGACACGUCGCGGUUCUUCGGCCGGCGGAAGCUGUGCUAG